AUGAGGACGCGCACCUGCAACAACCCCCCACCAGCCUACGGAGGAGACAUCUGUCUGGGACUACACACUGAAGAGGCUCUCUGUAACACACAAUCAUGUCCAGGUACACAAACACACACACAUACACACACACACACACACGUAGGCAUGCACAAACACACACGGACCAUCCGUUUUCUCGUUGUCUCUUGGCAUGUGUAUUCAGCAGCCCAGGAAUCUGAUGUGGUUAUGUUUUGUCUCCAGAGAGUUGGUCUAACUGGUCUGAAUGGUCCCAUGUGUAUUCAGCAGCCCAGUAAUCUGAUGUGGUUAUGUUUUGUCUCCAGAGAGUUGGUCUAAUUGGUCUGAAUGGUCCCAGUGUGACAGUGCUGGCGCCCAGCUGCGUGUCCGUCACUGUGACGUCCUGUUCCCUACUGGAAACCAGUGUUCAGGAAACCACACCGAGACCAGGGCCUGCCCACCUGACUCCAACUUUAUACCAGGUAAUACACACAUACAUACUGAUAAACACACACACACAUACAAACACACACACACAUGCAUUUAUGCAUGCACACACUCACACACAUACACGCACACACACACAUGCACAGCCCAGAUAGUAUUGAUGUGUGUCCAGACAGGGAUCUCCCUUAUUGACAGGGUGUAAUGUGAGACGCACCAGAACAUUGAUUUCUACUACACCACUGGAUAAUUAGACCUCUUCCUCUCUCUCUCAGAGUUCUGAGGCUCAAUCAAACACACCCAUUGAUGUCUUCAACAAUGAUGUCUUCCACAUAGUAUCAAUGGACACAAUGCUACUCAAGCUACCAGAGCCAGAUAGAUUUUAUACCGCAGAAUACUUUGGACUAACUAACACUUAGCAACCCAUAGGAAAUAAAACAUUAUAACUUCUUCAAUACUUCUCCAGUGAUAUGACAGUGGCCUAUACUAGGUGAUACGUGUGAGUACACUCUUAGAAAAAAAGGGUUCCAAAAGGGUUCUUCGGCUGUCCCCAUAGGAGAACCCCUUUUGGUUCCAGGUAGAACCCUUUUUGGUUCCAGGUAGAACUAUUUUGGGUUCCAUGUAGAACCCUUUACACAGAGGGUUCUACAUGGAACCCAAAAUAGUUAUAUCUGGAACUCAAAAAGGACUCUACCUGGAACCAAAAGGAUUCUACCUGCAACCAAAAAGGGUUAUUCAAAGGGUUCUCCUAUGGGGACAGCCGAAGAAUCCAUUUAAUUUCUAGAUAGCACCUUUUUUUCUAAGAGUGCACACUUUAUCUUUCUGAAACACCAGUGUGUCUUUAGUUUCUUAUCACUCAUCUGUUUUAAUGGGAAUGCCACUCCAUUAAGGGUCGUUAGUAGGGUUGUGUACUUAAUUUUCCUUAAUGAGGCCUGAUACACUACUUAUCAUAAAACUCUUCAGGUGUCUAGUGAUGGGCUUUAUCAUCCUCUGGUUCAUUCUCAAUAUAAUGCCCAAAGACUUCAACACUAUCUAUACCACUUUAUCAGGGGAACAAGUGUGUUCUUCUGUUCAGCAUCUCUUUUACUUUUCUCUUUAGCAGAAGUCUCCAUUGCUCGUUCAAGUCAGGAGGAGAGAAGAUGCGGAGGUAUGAGUGUGUAUGGGUUUAAUGUAGUUUUUAAUGUGGUGUGAUAGUGUGAUAAUGUAGUGAGAUAGUGUGAUAAUGUAGUGUGAUAGUGUGAUAAUGUAGUGUGAUAGUGUAAUAAUGUAGUGUGAUAGUGUGAUAAUGUAGUGUGAUAGUGUGAUAAUGUAGUGUGAUAGUGUAAUAAUGUAGUGUGAUAGUGUAAUAAUGUAGUGUGAUAGUGUGAUAUUUAAUGCAGUGUGUAGUGUGAUAUUUGUUGGUAUUAAUAAGGAAUUCAUCCACACUUAUUAACGUGACAUCAAUCUUCGCGCAGUCAGCUCAUUUUUACCCUUGAAAAUUAACAACAUUUUUAUCUCUCUUUUUCCCUUCUCCAGAUUUCAACCUGUUCCAUAUGAUCGCUGUAGGCCUGAGUAGUUCUAUCAUGGGUUGUUUGGUCACCUUACUGGUGUACACCUACUGCCAGCGCUACCAGCAGCAGUCUCACGAUGCUACGGUCAUCCACCCCAUCUCAGCAGCACCACUCAACACCUCCAUCACCAACCACAUCAACAAACUGGACAAAUACGACUCGGUGGAAGCCAUUAAGGUUUGUACACUAUAACACUCUGUGGUCUUCUAGGAUAUUCCAGGCUCGCCUAUACGCCUGGGCUGGUCUAUAGUACUGUAGCCUUUAUGUACUUGUGUGUAUGUGGUCCUGCGUCUACUCUGUGUGACUGCACUGUUCUGUGUCUAUAGCCAUGUAGCUAGCCAUACACUGCUUUCUCAUAAGUUACUAACAACAUACAUCACAAUAUGCAUACUGUAAGUGACUUAUAUGGAGUGAGUAGGUUCCAGGUCUUCAUUCUAAAAGAGAUGCUUAAUAUCAGUGGAUCAUCCUGGUUUAACUCAAUAAUAAAUCAAUAAUUUUAGUUAGUUAUAUUUUCUCUGAUGAGAUUACUGUUGACACUUGACUUGGUUUUGGAAAUACUUACUUGAGAAUUAUAUGAAGGCAAGGGGUUAAGAAGUUGAGACACUAUUUUAUGUGAGUUAGCAUAUCGUGUGGACAGAGAGCUAGCUUUCAGAAGAGUAUCCAUCUCCUAUAAAUAACUGAACAGACACACCAUCUAAAGUGAAUUGCGUCUCUGGCGCAGAACUGGAAUGCAGUUUCCAUAGUAGAAUAAAGAUUUGAAAAGUGUCCAUCUAUCAUGUAAUUAGUGUCUGGUGUGUGAGAAUAAUCUAAUUUGCAGCUACGGAUAGAAGAUAAUAUGAAUAUGGACAAUGCUCGUUUGGCUAAGUGAGAAACUCAAAAAGAGCCAUUUGAAAAAUGAAUCUAGUCUUUUUUCAAAAGCGUAUUCUUCCUCAGUCUUUACUCUUGUUUUAAUGGCUGGGUUGUACAGCUGAAUAUACAUAUUCUAAAAGUGAAAAGAGUGAAAAAAGAGUGAUUCUGUAAUUUCAUUUUGUAAUGUAGGAGAAAGAUGAACACCUGGCACUAUAAUUCCUAAAACUUAGUUCUUUGUUUGAUUAAAAUCAUAUCUUUACCAUCCAGGUGAGCUCGGAAAGAUUAUGCACUAGAGCGCCGUUGAGACAAAGGCAGUGAGUGUAGCUGAAAGAAUGUCAUUUUCAUUGAUUCAGUAGUGUGUCCUUUCUUAUGGAGGGCAUAGAAUGACCAUGUAGUCCCCUGCACCUACAGUAGCACAGACCACCUGUCUUCCUCAAUGGGUACAGUAGAACUUAAUCGUCCAUUGUGGCUCCAGUGAGGAUGACUGCUGCCCGUUCCUCUCCUCCCGCAGCCCGAUGUGUCCGUACUCUUGCCCCUGGACGACCCCGGCAUGCGCCAGCCUCUGUCUGCUAACAUGGGCGUGUCCAUGCGUGGCCUGGAGAUUUUCUACUAACCUUCUACUGACCUCUGACCUCUACAACAUCCCGCCUCUUGACCCUCCUCCUAGCCUAUCAGCAACCUCCUUCCUCUUCCUCCCCACCGCGCCCCCACUUCCUGUGGUGCUUCUUUGUGCGGCAGGUCGGGGUAGACUCAGUUUCUCUCUCAUUGCUCGGAAAUCCCAUUGUUUCAUAUUCAUCCCAUAGGGCAAGAUGAAGGCAACUGCGGUCUUCGAGAGCCGUAAUGUCUGCUGGUUUUCUCUUCUCUCUCUGGUGCUUUUAGGGAUAGGUCAUCCCUCUUCUAUCACUCUUCACUUUGGUCAGGUUCUUAAUUGAUCCAUUCAUGUUGAUCAAUUGGUUGCUCAGUUGGUAGAGCAUGGCGCUUGCAACGCCAGGGUUGUGGGUUCGUUUCCCACGGGGGGCCAGUAUGAAAAUGUAUGCACUACUAACUGUAAGUCGCUCUGGAUAAGAGCGUCUGGUAAAAUGACUCAAAUGUAAAAUCUGAACAGAGAGUGCACUUGCCUGGUCUCCCAGGUCUAGAUCAGAAGUAAAUCAUGAAAACCAGCAGACAUUGUGGCUCCUGAGGACCAGAGUUGCCCCCCACCCUGCCAUAGGACUACCCAUAGGCUUGUGAGAAGGCAGUGUAUUUUCCACUCAUCUCUUUCCGUUCGAAAACGUCCACUAUGUUCUGACUCUUCUCAUUUGCAUGUGUUUGUUUUUCCCUUUUCUGUCUUUCUCUGUCUUAUUAGCUCUGUUUGGCUUUCUAAUGAUGGGUUACCAUGGAGAAAAAAGGGAACUCGUAACUCAUUCUGUUUUCUCCGUAGCUGUCCGCUUUCUCUUUAUCUCUAAUGCCACCCCACUGUUCAACAGAUUUUGUUUACCCCACUAAAAACACUCCCUAAUCACACUUUAGCCAAUUAAACAUUGUUAAGGAAGAAAGGCAGAGUAGAUGAAGUCUGAGAACAGCUGGUUAAUGGUUGAGUGCAGCCAUGGGACCACUAGCAGAGAUACAAGAUAUUACUGUUUCAGACAGAUUUCGACUUUUGAGAAUGUAUAUUUUGUUCCAUUUUAGACAUAGAAAUGUACUGUUAGACUCAACCAAUAAUGUAUUAUUUGAUCUUUAAGUAAUGUUUGUCGCCUCUAUGUGUGCAAGCCAUGUAAAUGUUAUCGAGACAGAAUAAUAUUAUGUGUGUUUGUGCUCAGCGCUCGCAACCCUAUCAGUUAAUAUACAGAUCCAUCAAUCAAGAACAAACGCAGCAUCAUCAAGUGCUGAAUUAUGUCACCUCCAGGGGCUUUCAGAAUGCACUUAGCUAAGACAAGAAGACAGAGGGGCGCACGCACAUCCAUUUUGCAAACUGCUGAGGUUGUACUGAGAGCAGUGUUCUUAACUCACAUAAAUGUGUGGUAUCUUCAUAGAACCACAGAGAAGGGUACAACAGAGAUACGCUGUGGCCUUUCCUUAUUUUCUGACUCGCUUAAUCAUUCACAGCCGUUCACAUAGUUUUUUCUCCGAUUAAUACGUUUUUUUAUUUAACGUGUCCUCAAGGAUGUGGAGAUGUGAAAGCCAUGAAAGCUGCUGAUGUCGAGACAUUAGAGAGGAGAUCAAUGGACAUAUGGUUCCUCAUCAUAAUACACCAGCUCAGUGGUUAUCAUUUUGUCAGCCUGUUGUUGUUAGUGCUUUGGCCUUGCUCAUUGAAACGCUUUAUUCAUGCAGGGACCUCCUGUUGAUUUCUAUGUUGUCGUCCUAUAAACGCUACCAAGGUUUAUUUUUCUGUUUGACGUAUUCCUUUUACCUUGCACUCUCCCAUUUAGACAGAAUCAUUAUUUGAUCCUUACAAUACAGUUGACACUGACACAUCUCUCUCUUCCUCUCUCCAUCUCCCCUCUCUCUCUCUCUCUCUUCCUAUUCUCUCUCUGUCCUACACAGGCUUUCAAUAAGAACAACCUGAUUCUGGAGGAAAGAAAUAAGUACUUCAACCCCCAGCUAGCCGGGAAGACAUACACCAACGCAUACUUCACGGACCUUAACACUUACGAUGACUAUUAA